UCUCCCAAAGCCAUUUGGGAACUAGUACCCUCAUUCUUUGUAUCUCUUCUGUCUCUCUCCGCUGAUAAUUGCAACCUAGCUCGGCUACCUGAACGAAGUCUUAGGCCAUUAUGCCUUCUCCAUCCAUCAUUGCAACAUGCAGAGAGACUCGGUUUCAUCUGAAUGAUAAGCCUUCACAAGAGGUAGACGUGAGCGGUCUUACCAUCAGCAUAGCCUCUCCCACCUCAGAAGCCACGGAAGUUGCAUCCAGCACCAAGGCUAAAGGGAAAUCUAAGGCAAAGGCUGGCAGUCGAGAACUCAUAUCAGACAGUCACUUGCGACUGAAACCAGGGGUCCAUUACGGGUUUCUGGGACGAAAUGGAAGCGGAAAAUCUACUCUUCUGCGCGCAAUGGCUGAGAAAAUUAUACCUGGGAUUUCGUUCAGUACCUGCAUUGCCAUAUUGCAACAAACCAAUCCUCAAAACGAGAGGGGAAAUGAUACGGAAUCAAACCAAGAGGGUACGGUCCUGGAAUUCGUUCUCAGCAGUGACCGUGUUCGGAAUAGAGCUGUUCAAACUGCAAACCUUAUCUCCAGCAGUUUCGAAUCAGAUGAUCCCUUGCAACCUGUGUUCGCUAUUCGAAAAUUACGUCUCCAGCAAGCGGAAGAGGAACUUUCACUUGCUAGGAAAAAUGCUAGUUUCAAGAGCGGAGCAAGAGGUUUACAAGCCAGGAGGGAUUUGAAGGCAGCAGAAGCAAAACUUGAAAUCUCGAUGAAUUUAUUCACCCAAAGACCGGAAGCUAUCGAUCCCCAGACGAUUCAAACGGAAACAGAGGCUGCGUUGGAGACACUGCAGGAUUUACAGUCCCAGCUUGAAGAGACCAGCUUGUCUGAUAAAGAGCGGCAAGCCCGCCAAAUUCUGCGAGGCUUAGGCUUCAAGGAAGAUGCAUUGGAUAAGCAAGUUUCGACCCUUUCUGGUGGCUGGCGCAUGCGGUGCAUGCUAGCGAGCGUCUUGAUUCAACAAUCAGAUAUACUGAUAUUGGAUGAGCCGACUAAUUUCCUAGAUCUACUGGGCAUAAUGUGGCUGGAAAACUUCCUUCGACAUCUUCGAGAAACUACUAACACGACCGUUCUACUUGUCUCGCAUGAUCGAAAUUUCUUGAAUUCCGUUUGCGAAGAAAUGCUGAUUCUUCGAGAUCAGAAGCUUGAAUAUUUCCGAGGAAACGUAGCGGCAUACGAACGGAAUUUCGAAGAAAAGAAGCUCUACUGGGCACGCAUGAAAGAAGCCCAGGAAAGGCAGAUAGCUCAUAUUGAAACCAACAUCCGCGAGAAUAUAAAGAUCGGAAAAAGGACAAACGACGAAAAUAAGCUUCGACAAGCUAAAUCCCGCCAAAAGAGGAUCGAUGAUCGCAUGGGUGUCCAAGUAAAUCCAAAUGGAGGAAGGUUCAAGCGGAGCAGAGAUCUGGCUGGCUUUCAUUUCAAAAGCCGGGCAGAUAUUGAAGUUCCAACAGACGAGAGAGGUGUGGUUCUGACACUACCUGACGCGACGGAUUUGCGCUUUCCAGGGCCCCUGCUCUCUCUCGAGGGGGUUACAUUCCGAUAUCCUAACUCCAGUGGCAUUGUCCUGAACAGUGUGAACUUGGUUAUUCAUAUGGGAGACCGCGUCGGUAUCAUGGGUCUCAACGGGUCUGGGAAAACAACCCUGUUGCGCAUAUUGACUGGCGGAUUAACUCCCUCUGCGGGCAAAACUUCGUUUCAUCCACGAUUGAAGACUGUCUACUACAGCCAACAUUCUGUCGAAGAAUUGCAGGAAUUCGGCCGAAGUGAGCCUGGUUCAACUGCCUUGAGUCUCAUGAUGUCCGAGACGCAUGGAACUCUAAACGAGGGAGCCGUGAGAGGUCUUCUUUCAUCAUUAGGAUUGUAUGGACAUAUAGCAUCUGACGUGCCCAUUGCUCAACUAUCAGGCGGACAACUAGCUCGUUUAGCUCUAGCACGGAUUGUCUGGAGCUUUCCACAAUUGUUGAUACUUGAUGAAAUUAGCACUCAUCUGGACUAUCAUACGGUCACUGCAUUGGCCUCUGCUCUUUCGUCUUUCAACGGUGCUAUCCUCCUUGCUUCUCAUGAUCGUUUCCUACUCCGAUCCGUGAUUGAGGGUAAAUGGGAUGAUGAAACACAAGUGGAUGAGACCUUUGAAAGACUCGCCGACGAGGAAGAAGGCACAACAAGCCGACGUCGUUCGGUAUAUGUGCUUAAAAGAGGCGAAUUGGAAGAGCAAGAAGACGGGGUGGGUCAAUUUGAGCAAAGUCUGGCCAAGAGAGUGGAUAGAAUGCUGUCCGACCAGGAAAUUUCCAGCCGAUCUUGAAGACCAGAACGAGAUAAAACGAAGCAAGUGCUAUAAUUAUGCGUGCCACUCGCUUAUCUUAGGGGUGGCCGACGCUAUUUUUGACCAACGAUGCGCCACCGGCUUUAGCUUCCAGGCAUCCUUAGGCUCCAGCGCGGAAACUCAAGUAAACACGGCAAGAUUUCCAACUGCUCAAUGCCGUC